AUGAAAUUCCAAGUACUUACAUUAGCGCUGUUUGCUAUUCUUGCUGUAGCCCUUGCAAGGGACAUCACAGACAAGGUGUUCUUCGAUGUCGACCAGGGUGGUAACUCCUUGGGCAGAAUAGUAUUCGGACUUUACGGCUCUGUUACACCAAAGACUGCUGACAACUUCAAGCACCUUUGUAUCGGUGACAAGGGUCCAAGCUAUGAAGGCGUUUCCUUCCACAGAGUCAUUAAAGACUUUAUGAUUCAAUCUGGAGACUUCGAAAAUGGUAAUGGUACUGGUGGUUACUCAAUCUACGGUCCAAAAUUCAACGAUGAGAACUUUGAUAUCAUCCACGAUAGACCUGGAUUGCUCUCUAUGGCUAACAGAGGCAAGAACACUAACGGUUCUCAAUUCUUUGUCACAACAGUUCCAACUCCUUGGUUGAAUGGAAAACACGUCGUUUUUGGUGAGGUUGUUCAAGGUAUGGAAGUUGUUCGUGAGAUUGAAAACACUCGUACCGGCUUCUCAAAUAAGCCACAAACUCCCAUCACCGUUAAGAAGGCUGGCUUGAUCCAAAAGGAUAACACAAAGGAUGAACUCUGA